AUGGCCUCACUCACAGUCCAUCACCUGCGACGGUCGCAAUCCGAACGAGUUAUUUGGCUUUGUGAAGAACUGGGCAUUCCCUACCAUCUCGAAUGUCAUGAUCGAGUACCUCCUCUCAUGCUCGCACCGGACAGUCUGCGCCAACUUCACUGGUCCGGAACCGCCCCGGUGAUCCAGGAUGGAGAAGUGACACUGGCCGAAUCCACCGCCAUCUUUGAGUAUAUUCUAAACAAACAUGGCAACGGACAGCUCGUGGUCUCUCCCACGGAUUCGAAUUAUGCGGACUAUCUCCUCUGGUUUCACCAAGCAAAUGGAUCGCUCAUGCCGGCACUCAUGCCUAUCAUGCUCGGCCGAAUGAAAGGCGAUAGCGACGAGUCCCCAACUCAGGCGAUUAUGCAGCAACGGAUCAACGCGAACCUGCAGGCUAUGGACCGGCAACUCGAAAAGUUGCCUUAUUUGGCUGGGGAUGAUUUCACAGCUGCGGAUUGUAUGUCAGUGUGGGGGUUGACGACGUUCCGUCUCUUCCAUCCGUUCGAUCUCACUGAAUAUCCGAAUAUUGUGAGCUAUUUGCAACGCAUUGGACAGCGAGAGGCCUACCAGCGUGCUGUACAGAAAGGAGAUCCCGGGAUGAGCCCUAUCCUGUCUGCGGUACCCCCUCCAACAUCUAUUUGA